UAUCUCAGCGGCGACUUCUGGCGAGUUAUCAUGGCAGGCAGGACCCUGUACCGACUGAACGGUGUUACGCAUAUUGCCGGUUCUAUUGGUGACGAGCCCACUAGGUGUAUAUACAGUGUGAGACGGCAACAGAAUAUGCCCAUGCAUGAAAGGAUCAUCCCGUAUUUAGAGAGGGUUGGAUUGUACCAUUUGGCCAGGCUAAACAGCCAAUGGUUCUGGUUGGAUGAGCCACUGGUUAGUGCGUUCGUUGAGAGGUGGCGUCCUGAGACGCAUACGUUCCAUAUGCCUUUCGGAGAAUGCACAGUGACAUUGCAGGACGUGGCAUUCCAGCUAGGGCUGCCUGUGGAUGGGGAGGCUGUGAGUGGUUGCCUUGGUGAGUUUGAGAAAUACAUGGAGGGUGGCCGACCAGCUUGGGAGUGGUUUGAGGACCUAUUCGGUGAGCGGCCUCCACCGAAUAAGGUCAAGCAGAUGACAGUACACUUUACAUGGUUUCACGAGAGGUUUAGGGUGCUACCACCAGAUGCGAGCGAGGAGACUGUCCGCAUCUACGCACGGGCCUACAUCAUGAUGCUGUUAUCGACCCAGUUAUUUGGGGACAAGAGUGCGAACCGGGUACAUAUACGGUGGUUGCCAUUUGUGGCAAACCUUGAUGACAUGGGGAGGUAUAGCUGGGGGUCGGCCGCUUUGGCAUGGCUAUACCGAUGCAUGUGUCGGGUAGCAAACAGAAAUGUGACUAAUCUUGCGGGCCCGCUCCAGUGGUCUGCCUACUUACCUCUUAACGAUGGAAAGGAGCAGAGGGUCAUAAGGUAUCGGCUUGCAUUGGAUCGAUUGACCGCUCGUGAUAUUGUAUGGGAGCCCUACUCCGCGCUUGAUGUACUUGCCGUGGUCCAUCCAGAGAUACUUACAGAGGAGCAUAGUCGCAUCUGGCGAGCGGUUGACAGGGUUGUUCCACAGCUGGGUGGAGUACAGCAUAUCCCCGAGGAUGCUUUGAACGUAGACUGGCUGCAUGCUAAGGACGAGAGGGAAGGGGAUAGGUGGUUCCCCCAUUACUAUCAGGUCUAG